UCAGAUCGCAUCGAACUAACUCGGACUCUUAGUUAUGUGUCAAAUUUCUUUCAAUUCAGUCAAAUGAUUUCAAAUCGAUGUAUUCAAAAUGAGCAGAAAAGGUCCUCCCGUUCCUCCGAAGCCGAAUUCUGAUGGUCAACUGAAAAAACUAGCACCUUCAACGGAUUCCAAGCUGCUUCGGGACAGUGGAAUAUCAAUCGAAGUAACCGGUGUUAGUAAAAGUGAACCCGAAGUAUCUAAACGUCAUGUUUCUGGUUCCCAAAGCGUUAGAAUGUUGGCGGAACAGUUUGCCCACAUUGCCCGGACUUCCGGAAAUGCCAAAACAAAACCAACCGUUCCAGCAAAACCAGUGCAAUGUUUUGAAAAAUUCAAUUAUCUUAUGAUCUGUGACGAAAAUAGCGUAGACAAUGAGAAUAUCUAUGAUGAUGUAUUUGUGAGUGAUAACGACGAAGGGUGCUACGAAUCGACAUCAUUCGAAGAGCUUCCCAUCUCUUGCCACCCUACAAAUGCGGUUGAAGAAUUACUCCAAAAUGAACGGAAAUACGUUGAUAGACUGAAGGACUACAUCAAUACCCUGAUACCGGUAAUGUAUCAGAACAAUUUGCCAGCCGGGUUAAGAUUUCAGAAGAAUAACAUUUUCGCAAACAUUGAAGCGAUCCACGCAAUGCACAGGGACGAGUUCCUUCCUGCUCUGGAACAAUGUGGAACAGACGCAAAGAAAAUCAUGCACACCAUCGUGGAGUUUAUCGAAAACGAUAAAUUCUACUGUUACGUUCUGUAUGCGCUGAAUAAGCACAAAUCCGGGAGAAUAUGCGACUCAAAUUCAGACUUCUUGAAGAAUGCACAAGGCGACUUGGACCAAUUUUUACUGGAACCAGUACAGCGGUUACCGAGAUACAAGCUUCUGCUAAACCAAAUUCUGAAAGAUAAUGCCAAGUUUGAAAACAGAGACGCUAUUAAUGGAGAAACAGCCAUCCUCUGCCGAGCGGAAACCAUACUUUCUCGGCUUAUUGAACUUGUGGAUGCUGCAGUGAGUCUGAGUGAUAUUCUUCCCUGUCCGGAACCACGAUCCACUGAAUCGAAAACACUGAACUACCACGAAGAUCUACCGCUAGCCCUAGUUUUACGACCGGAACAGCAUAAAAGUGCCGUGCAAAAGGAUCCUAUCAACUUGCUUUAUCAAGGAAAAUUGAGAGGUUGCAUGGAUUUGGAAGUCUACGAUUACAACGAACGGCGCAAAUAUUCGUCGAAAAUUUUUUUCUUCGAAAAAUUGAUUCUGUACACCGAGAUUCAGAAAGGCAAAUUGGAAUAUCGAGGGCAUUAUUUCGAUUCGGAAGUAAACUAUUGGGAAGAAUCUCGCAACAAAUUGUUGCUGUUUUGCAAACAUCGCGGAAACCAAGACAUUCUUGUACACUCAAACAAUACCGAUGGCAUGAUUUACUGUGUAGAUAAAAUGCGUGAAGAUUUUGUUCAUAACCAAGCCAAAGAAUUUUUCUCGGAUAAAAAACACAGAGGAUCUGUUGACGUUAACAAAAUUAUCGAUACCGGUCAAUCAUCGCAUGAAGAACAGGAGUUUCAGUGGAACUUUGACGAGCACUUGUCCACGUUGGUCACAUGCCAAGAACGUUUCUGUCAUGUCUUGCAAGCAAAUUAUAAUUUCUACUUAGCGAGUCAAUCGACUGACGACCUCACGAUCACUUUUCAUAAUAAUUUUAGAAACAUGUACAGCUUGCAUAACCACCAAAUUCUCGGUGACUUGUCGAAAUCUGUCGACCUGCUCGGCAUUUGUGAAUUAUUUCUUUCGUAUUUAAAGAGCGAAGUGAUGCCUUCAAUCUAUUAUGCGUAUUUAAAAGAUUUCAAAAGAGCAAUAGCAACCGUGAAAAUUCGUAGAACUGCGGCUAACUUCAACAACCAAGUGGCUCCAACGGUGGAAGAUUUUGCUUUCCUGUGUAUCGAUCAUCUGGAGGAGUAUUGUCGAUUCUUCGAAAGUGCAACAUGCCAAAUGUCAGAGGACAGCAGUGCCAACAUUCCGAUCGAUAUGGAACUUUUCCGUCAGCUAGCCAUCACUCAGACAGAACUGAACAAAUUUGCGCAUAACGUUAGACAAAACUACAAACUGUACCAUCUGGAUGAUCGAUCAGUUGACUGUGGCCUCGUGAAGUACAGUGAAGUCACCACACUGCAAACAGACGGAGAAGGCCUGUAUUGUCGACUGUUCAUCAACGAACGGGCGGUGAUCUGCGUAAGCAUUCAGGUGAUCGUUAAGGAACAUGACAAAAAUAAAGAAAAUUAUGUUAGAAUUGUUUUCAUUGAUAAAUUCGGUGGCCGAGGUACUCCCAUGAGGAUGAGGCGUAGUAGAAAGACUGAUACGAGGUUAAACUUUGUGAUUGACGGCGUUAAGUAUAAGGUACAUUUUGCUAACCAGCAAGACAAGGAAAGAUUUUACGAUAAGUACAUAGAUCAUUAUGUUUUAGUGGAGUAAUAAAAAGUAUAUUAACACA